AUGGUAAACGAUCUUGAGAGUAUCCGGAGCGACGAUUAUACCACGGUCGCUGACGGCAGUGAGCUAACUGCAUGCGGUCAUGAUGAUACCGGCCCGAAGACUGGAGAUGUUGCGAAAGCUAGCGAGGAACAGAUCUUGAGCGUGGUCUUCGAUGACAAAUUCAAAAGCCUUAUGCGUACGGUCCGCAAAUCCGACCCAGCUUACGACGCAGAUCACUCUUACUCUGUGCUCCGCAUCUAUCCAAUGGGCUCUUCAUCCAACGACACGAUCGCCGUGCUGGUCGAGGGACGGACCACCGACCUGAACACUGCCAACGAGUUUGUCUUAACCACCGCAGGCCAACGAGAAAGCGUGAUCCCCGUCAAUGCGACCGAACGCUUAGUCUGUCCAGCCGUCAUUUCCUCAACCGAGGAGCCCAAUGCAUAUUGGUCGUUACCCCUGCAAUUCGGGACUACCGAGCUCCGACAGUCACCUCACGGAGAAUUCUGGAUCACAGCCGCAGCCAAACCUGUGGGCUCAGGAGCUGAAGGUAGUCGCGACCUUUGGGGCAUCCUCGCUGUCAUUCACGAUGCCGAUGUACCAAACAUGGCUGUGUUUCUUGCUGCCAUGUCUGUGGCGAAGCUCAACGAUACGUGGCUCUCUGGUAGCUCUCUCGCCAACAGUGGAUACAACGAAGAGCCUACUGAUGACUACCCGCCUGCAGGCAUGUUAAGAAUUAUGCAGAAGGUGAUGUCAGGUCAACUACGCCCAUGA